AUGCAAACAGACACCAAUAGAUUCAAGGCCAUCAUUAUUGGCGGAGGGCCCGUUGGCCUUGCGGCUGCUCAUGCGCUUCACUUGGCCAAUAUCGAUUUUGUCCUGCUGGAGCGUCGACCAUCCAUUAUCGAAGACAAGGGCGCUAGUCUUAUUGUCCAUGCUCAUACCCUCCGAGUAUUUCACCAGUUUGGAAUCCUAGAUGAACUGCUCGCUCAUGGGUCGGAACUGUCGCACCAUCUCUCCUUCACGGCGAGCGGCCAUGUCUUUAACGAAGGCAGAAGAUAUCUGCAGAUCCGCGAAAAUCACGGCCAUGGACCAGUUGCCUGUCACCGUGCCGAACUGGUCGAGGCAAUGUACAACGGUCUGCCAGCAGCUGCGCGAGCCAAGAUCUUGACAAACAAGAAGCUGUGCAAGAUUCAGCAAACCGAAGAUGGUGUCACGGUAGCAUGUGCUGACGGCUCGCUGUUUGUUGGAGACAUCGUCAUUGGCGCCGACGGCGUGCACAGCAAAACGAGGGGACUGAUGCGCGAUCUGGCUCUGGCGCAAGACCCAUCGCGGCCAUGGGAUCCAGAGCAUCCUUAUACGGCAACGUACAAGCUUCUUUUUGGAUCGUUCCCGUCUCCGUCUCCGCCCGGACAGGGAUAUGAUAUCCAGGAUAAGGGCAAGGCCAUCAUGUACUUUAGCGGGCCCAAACGCGGAUGGUUCUUCUUAUACAAGAAGCUGCCGAAGCCAGUACGGGAGCGCACAACGUACAGUGAUGAAGACGUCGCGGCCAUGGCUCAGGAGUUCGCAGAUUUCCCGCUGACACGAGAACACAAAGUCAAGGACGUCUUGCCACACAUGUUGGGCUCUGGGUUGACCAAUCUCGACGAGGGCCUAGUCAAGAACUGGAGCUUUGGGCGCAUUGUUCUCGCCGGGGACUCCUGCCAUAAAAUGACCACCCAUCUGGGUCUCGGCUUCAACCAUGGAAUCCAAGAUGUGGUGGUCCUCUGCAACAACCUUGUCAAGGCCUUGAACGAGACGGCCGGUCGCAGCCCGGAUUCCAGUACUCUCUCACUACUGUUUCAAGAUUAUGCGGCGCAUCGGAUGAGUUCACUUUCCUCACUCCAAGGAGACAUCGUGAAAUCUGGACUGGAGACACGCAUGCACGCUUGGGAGAAUUGGGGCUACCGCAUCCUGUCGAGAUACCUGUCGGUGCCGCUUCUGAUAGAGGAUCUUUUUAUGCGGUUUAUUAUGGCCCCGGAGUUUCGAAAGGGUUGCGUACUAGACUACGUGCCCAAGGAGGAGCGGAUGAAGGGUAGCAUCAGUUGGAUACAUCCCUUGCCCGUGUAA